AAGACUACUCAGCAAUUUCCUGUGAAAGUCAACAUGAAUGUGCUUAUACCCAUCACUGCGAUUUUUUUGAGUUUAGUCGAAUUCAGCAUUGCUACUCCACAAAAUGGCUUCAUCAGCAGUUCUGGUACCAACUUUGUCUCCACUGGCAGCUAUGGACACGGUGGCAGCUAUGGUCCAAGUGAUACCCUUGGCAACAGUGGCAAUAAUGGACGCAAAAAUAAGUACUAUGUCCCUAUUGUCAGCAUAGGCAGCAAGGACACCCGUGCUCUCGAUGGCAAAUAUGUCCCUGUUAUCGCCCAUGGCACCAAAGACACUGAUCUUUCCAAAGCACGUUUCUAUGUCCCUACUAUCGGCAUGGGCACCACGGCAGUAGCGGCAGUGCCAGCAGCAGCAGUAGCAGCAGUAGCCAUUCUUGGGCUGCUAGGAACUAUGGCGGCAACGGCCACAAGACCCACUCAGAACUUAACCAUGUUGAAAACACCUUAA